AUGAAGCAAGUCAUCUACGCCAGCAGCUACGAAAAGCUGGGAGACCUCCCACAACCGGCACCGCCGAUCCCCCCGGUGCAAGAGCCGCCAUGGGAACGACAAAUCAAUCUCACAGACGAUGCACCGCUCCCAAGUCACAUGGGCCCCGAUCAUCCCGAGAGGAGAUCCCGUUUCCCGGCAGCGCACGAGAAGCUUGUCAAAAACAGAGAUGGAAAGAAACACGUCUGCAUCUACACCGACGCAGCCGCAGAACAGCCGUCACCGGAAGAACCCGGAAGCCCUCUCCGAACAUCAAUAGCCUGGGGUAACACCACCACCCUCGAAGUGGAUGCGUGCGCGCUGCCCCCGGGUGUGGGCGUGAAGGGGGCCGAACUUGGAGCCAUUCUACGAGCAGGAAUACACGCAAAGGAACGUCACUCCGUCGGAACAAAGGUGACUGACAUCACUAUCUACACGGACUCCAGGGAGGCAUAUUUGGAGUGCCGUAACGCAAUCAAGAGUCAGAGCGAACGAGUGCGAAAUAUUCACGACGUCGCGAAACGCCUACUGCAUGACAGGAACGUCACACUACGAGUCGACUGGGUCCCGGCGCACGCGGGUAUCCGGGCGAACGAAUGGGCUCACAGCGAGGCACGAGCAGCACUGCGCAGAUCAACCGUGUCAGACGCAACCAACAACACAAAAGAGCCCAGACACGCCCCAGCGCCGAGUGAAACUGGCCCGCCGGACGACUUACCAGACUCCGCGGAAUUAGCGGCAAUUGCCAAGAAGGAACGUAAAGCCAUCCUCCUCCGACUGAGACAAGACGCCGCCGCCGCGAGCCGUCACAACCGAGAGAUACCACCGAUGCCUCCAGACCUGAACCGCAGGGCACAGGUCACCAUAAGGCGGAUUAUCACCAACACCGCCCUCACGCCGGCACUCAGGCACAAGAUGUUCGGCGAUGAUCCCAACAAAGGCAAGUGCCGAGCCUGCGCAGUGCCGGCGACCACCUCGCACAUGGUCUGGGAGUGCCCGACCUAUGGCAGAGCCCGGGAACGCAUUCUGUCGGAGUUACCGGCAGAACAUCGACCCACCAGCUACAUCGACUGGAUUCUACCCCAGGACACGUCGCUCGGGACUGUUCAACUCCUGUGGAAGCACCUCUGCCUCUUCGUCCACGCAGACGGAGGGCCUGGAGCCCUGCUUCUACACGGCCCGCCAAGGAAAGAAAUCACCCGUGUCUCUCCCCCGCCGCUGCUGAUGCCGUAG